GCUAAUCGAACACACACGGCACAAGGGGAGCUGCCUGACGAUUCUAACUCCCGAGCUAACAAGGAAAUAUAACAGAGAAGUUCACCUAGGCGCUUCUUCCCAGCCGGUCCUUGUGGCUCCAGGAGCGUUAGGGGGAAGAAUGAAUUAUUACCAACCCACUUACGAGCCCCAGCCUCUGCUAUUUUUAAUUCGCCGAGUCUUGUCUAAACCGUUGAGCCCGGUUUGAUAGCACUGUUGCUCUACAUUUUUUUUUAAAAGCAAUUAAACUUGAGCUGAGGCAGAGGCUCCCAAGUGCCAGACGCCGCUGAGCGGUAUGUGUUUGUGUGUGUGACAAACUCGAUCGGUGCGGACAAUACCACCUCUUUCCCAAAGCUUUCAAACGGGGGUUCUUUCCCCCAGUAUCACAGCACCGACUAAUCGGACUCUCUCCCCCCUCCUCUCCGCCGACCCACCCCCCUGUCGAAGAUAUGGAAGGGAAAGAUAAAGAGGCUGCCACUGGACUCUGACUGUGUGCAGUCUGCUCUUUGCUUCCAGGGCUGGGUGGGCUGCCCAAUCGCCCUUCCCAGCAAAUCGCCUGGGAUGCAACUUCUCGUGACUGCAUUACAGAUGAUGGCAUCGUAAGCAUCUACAGUUCGGCAGCAUAGCAGAGCUGCAUUGCCUUCAUUCCUCGCACUGCUUAGAUGCCAGUGUUGUCCCUGACGGUUGCAGCAGGAGCCCAGGCCCCUGAACCCACCUCCGGGUUUAAGUGAUAAUUGGUCAUCGGGUUUCUUGUUAGAGACACAGAAAUGAAUAACUCAACUUACAUAAACUCCUCCGCCGAGGAUGUUAUGGCACUGGGGAGUCCCUAUAAAACUGUUGAGGUGGUCUUCAUAGUCCUGGUAGCAGGAUCUCUCAGUCUAGUGACCAUCAUUGGGAACAUCCUGGUCAUGGUGUCCAUCAAAGUCAACAGGCACCUGCAGACUGUCAACAACUACUUCCUGUUCAGCUUGGCAUGUGCCGACUUGAUUAUUGGUGUCUUUUCUAUGAACCUGUACACUCUUUACACUGUGAUUGGCUACUGGCCCUUGGGGCCUGUGGUGUGUGACCUGUGGCUGGCUCUUGAUUAUGUGGUCAGCAAUGCCUCUGUCAUGAACCUUCUCAUCAUCAGCUUUGACAGAUUUUUUUGUGUCACCAAGCCUCUGUCAUACCCUGUAAAGAGGACCACUAAGAUGGCAGGUAUGAUGAUUGCAGCUGCUUGGGUGCUGUCCUUCAUCUUGUGGGCACCUGCGAUUCUGUUCUGGCAGUUCAUUGUUGGGGGAAGAACUGUUCCUGAUGGGGAGUGCUACAUCCAAUUUUUUUCCAAUGCUGCUGUCACCUUUGGCACUGCUAUUGCAGCCUUCUACCUGCCCGUUAUCAUCAUGACCAUCCUCUAUUGGCAGAUAUCUCGUGCCAGCAAGAGCAGGAUAAAAAAAGGAAAAAAGGAACCAGCACAAACCCAGGAUCCAGUUUCUCCCAGUUUGGUCCAAAGUAAAAUAGUGAAACCAAACAAUAACAACAUCCCAACAAGUGGGGAUGGGUUGGAGCACAGCAAAAUUCAGAAUGGUAAAGCCACAGGAGAGGCUGUGACAGAGAACUGCGUUCCAGGGGAAGAGAAGGAGAGCUCUAAUGACUCCACUUCUGUCAGUGUGGUUGCUUCCAAUGUGAAGGAGGAUGAAGCUACCAAAGAGGCCACCAAGGCUUCUGUCUCCCAAGUUCACUCGAAAGGGGAGAAUUCCAAGCUGACAUGCAUCAGGAUAGUCACUAAGUCCCAAAAGGGUGACUGCUGUGCCCCAACCAACACCACCGUGGAGAUUGUAGGUACUAAUGGCCAAAAUGGGGACGAGAAGCAAAACAAUGUGGCCCGUAAAAUUGUCAAGAUGACCAAGCAGCCUGCCAAAAGGAAACCACCCCCUUCUAGAGAAAAAAAAGUGACCAGGACUAUCUUGGCCAUUCUCUUGGCUUUUAUCAUUACCUGGACACCAUACAAUGUGAUGGUUCUCAUCAACAGCUUCUGUGUCUCCUGCAUCCCCAACACUGUAUGGACUAUUGGUUACUGGCUCUGUUAUAUCAACAGCACCAUCAACCCUGCUUGCUAUGCGCUCUGCAAUGCUACCUUUAAGAAAACCUUUAAGCACCUCCUUAUGUGUCAUUACAAGAACAUUGGCGCCACAAGGUAAAAAAUAAAAAUCGUGGAAAGAGGGGGAAAGUUCCAAGUUUUAAAAAACAAUGCCAUAGCACUUUAUGCUCUAGUGUGGAACAUGCAAUCAAGGAGCCAAGUGGAGUCACUGACCUGGGGUGUCAGCUCUGUCUUCAAGAACUGCACUUAAAAUCUUUUUUUAAUUAUUAUUAUUAUUAUUAUCAAUGGGUCUUGGGGAAAUGGUGAUUGAAUGAGGGGUCAGCAGGGAAUGUGAACUUGAGGCACAGUUCCUUGUUCUAUCAUGGUAUCAUGCAGAAGGGCUUUUUGAGUCUAUGAUUUUUGUCCAUUCUUAUAGAAUAACAAUAAUCUUUGUGUAUGUGUCUGUCUGUCUGAAGAAAAAAAUGUAAGGACACUUUGACAACAAAUAUAACAUACCUAAUUGGAGAGGGGAGGGUAGAGGAGAUAGAGAGACACUGAGCAAUUCAAACUCCUCUUGCAAAGAUUAUUUCCAAAGUUAAAAGCUGACAAUUAUUUUUGUCAGGGUCUCAUGUUGAGAAACUUAAAGGUAGGCUAACUAUAACAGCUAAUAUAGUAUCUAUACCUCUCUCCCAUCACCAUAAAUAUAUCAGACAAAAUUAUUCUUUAUCUCACCAUGGAUCCCAUGGUUCACUAUCCAUUGUUCCAAGCAUAUCAGCUUUCUCUAACUGGGGGGCGGGGUUGCUCCCAUCGUGCCAAUGAAAACGAAUAUGAAAAUGAACGGGAAAAAAGGAGGUCCUUUCCAGCUUGCUGUACCACAGAGACUGUCUUGAGGCCCUUAUAAGCCAAAGUCUUUGAGGAUUUAGCUCACUUAAGCUCUUUUAUGUGCCAUCCCCCAGGAAGUUGUAUUUUUCUUCAAUCAGCCUUUUCUUCUUUUUUGCACCUCCCUGCCCAGGGCAUAAGGAUUGAAAACCAAAGCCAGCUGUGAAUUAGAAGUUUUCAUCAAAUUAACAACCAUGGGGCUCAAAUCAAGGAAGUAAGUUGAGACCAGCAAGAGCAGUUAAUAGGUAACGAGAGAGUUAUCUCCAUUUCCGAUGGGCACAGACUUUAUGUCCAGGAUUUGCUUGUGGCUCCCAGAGGUGAAAGGUUAACAUUAGAAAGUCCAUCUUAAUGUCCAACAGAGAGAAGGUUCCUACUAAUAUAUUUGUUCUAAGGACAAGAAUAACUGCAUGUAGAUUACUGUGCCUACCUGGAAGUGACUCUGGGUAUGUUCCUGGAAAGAAGAAGCCAAAGUCCUUCUUAGGCAUAUGGUGGGGACUAUGUAUACUUUAUGGAAAAGAUACAGUGCUGGCCAUGUUGCCUUUUGUAUCAGCAUGGAGCAAUAUUAUCGCUACCUGUCAGGGGAUAACAGUAGUAAAGGGACAGGGAGGAAAACAGUGGUUAUACAGAUAUAGGCACUGCAAUAUCAUUAUUUUAAAAUGUUCCAAAAAUUGUCAGUUACUCCAGAGAGUUGAUUCCUCCUGCCUGUAGAAUAGCUACUUUUGCAGUAUUUGAUAUAUAUUGUGGCAAAAUUGAGCACUGUGUGAAUUUGGCAAAGUGCUUCAGAUUAAAGUAGACAGCUAUUCCCUGCGAGAUUUGCAUCUGUCAGUAUUCCUCCUCUCAUUGACACUUCCAGGCACUUACAAAGGUAUGCCCGUGGAUUUUGCUAUCCAAAGAGUAGCCUUCUAUAGUGACAUUUCCAUGGGGUUCCUUCAUUGUAAUCCAAAAAUAUUCACCAUCAUCUGGAAUGAUGUAAACAAGUAGACCACUAAGUCAUCUAGGUAUAUCAUCCUUCUAUAUUACAGUCUUCCAAAGUGAACUUCAAAGUAGCAGCCUUUUGGAUUACAGGGAA